CACGAUGUCGCUGUUGAGCAGAUGUCUAAAUGUAAUUGGCUAACAGCAUGACACGUGAUCAAAACAAUCCCUUGAAAACGGAAGUGGUUGGGUUCCCAGCAGUAGUAGGUCGAUCUGCGUAUCAAAUAUUACUGAUAUGCCACAGAAAGAUCCGUGUCAAAAGCAAGCAUGUGCCAUUCAAACGUGUUUACAAGCUAACAAGUAUGUGGAAAGUAAAUGCGAGGAUGUGAUCCGAGAGAUGCAGCGGUGCUGUGCAGCGCAAACUGGAAACUCCGUCUGCUGCUCAGGUUUCAAAGACUCCAAACUGACAAACUUCAAACCGAGCAAAAAUAGCUGACACCACCUGCUGAUGACUUGCAUUCAAUGGAAAUAAAAAGUAUAUAAAAUUG